CGAGCAGAUACAGAGCAGUACAUAUCUAUCGCCAUACGAAAAGAGAAAUCAUAAGAAAAAGAGAAGAACAAAGCAGAGAAAAUGGCCCAAACACCACUCAAGAAGAAGGCGUCGACGAGCACGAAGAAGCGAACAGCAUCCACCCUCGGACCGCGCAACAUCGCCCCCAAGAAGCAGUUGCUCAUUAAGCAGAAGAAGUUGAAUAAGAAACUCACAUCCGGCCUCGUCACGCGAACAGAACGAACCCUCGCCCAGAAAGCAGGCCAUCUGGAGAUGUUGGCUGGGGGAAAGAAAUCCCAGAAGGAGAAGGAGAAGGAGGAGAAGGAGAAGGCGAAGAAGAAGUAAUUUAUUCUUCAUGAUUUCUUUUCUUUUUCGUCUUUGGAUAAAAGCGUUCCAAGUUUAUAUCUAUGGAGAUUGUUGUUGUGUGUUAUUGUUGCUAUUGCU